AUGGGACCCGGAGCCAUCAUCGUGGAAGACAGCGUGACAGGGCUGUCUCCGGCCAAUAUGUUGGAGCAGCUCGGCAUUGACUACAUGCUUCUCAAGGCGCACGAAACCAUCGCGCCCCAGCCCAGUGCCAGCAUCGGCCUGCUCCCCAACGGCUUGCGCAUCCUCGACCAGAUCGGCUGCUACGAAACCAUCCGGGACAAUGCGGUUGACCUUUACAACCACACAAACUUGCGAGGUGCCGACGGCCGUCCUCUCAUAAAGAAACAGUCCACUAGCCUCUCGGAACGGUUGGAGGAGAAGACCGGCUACCCGCGCAUCUUCGUAGAUCGGCAAUUCCUUCUCCAGGUUCUGCACAAUAGCAUCAAGGACAAGGACAAGAUCCCUGCCGGCAAACGCGUCACGGGCGUCGAAGCCACCGCCGUCGGUGUGCAGGUCCAAACACAAGACGGCGGCACCUACGCCGGCGACUUUUUGAUCGGCGCCGACAGGUUUACAGCACCAUUCGGAAGGAGAUGUGGCGGCUCGCCGACAAGACGAGCCCCGGCAUGUUUUCUCCAGACGAAGAGUCAAGUGCUCAGUGUCCAGCCCCUUCCCCUUUGCAUCUUCGGCAUCUCCUCGCGGCCGGCGACGUUCCCUCACCACACGCAGGACAUUUUUUUCUACAAGAGCUGGGGCUACCUGGUCGGUUCGGCGCCGGGAGACCGGGUGUACUGGUUUUUCUUCAGCCCCGCGCCGACUGCGAACGGCGCCAACAUACCUAGGUACACGGCCGAGGAUAAUGCCAACUUCGCUGGCCAGUACCUUGAUGACAACAUAACCGAGACGGCGACCUUCUGGGGCCUUGACGCCAACCGCUACAUCGCCACGCUGGUGCCCCUGCAGGAGCACGUCUUUUCACUAUGGCAUUUCCGAAGGAUCUUCACCAUUGGGGACUCUGCCCACAAAGCAGCUAACCGUGGCUGCCAGGUACAUCCCAUUAUGGCCCAGGGCGGAAAUGGCGCGAUAGAGUCGGCGGCGGUGCUGGUCAAUACCAUUUCGCGCCGACUCGAGUGCUCGCAAGGCUUGUCUGGAGAAGCUCUCGAGGCUGCGGUCGUCGAGGUCUGCAAGCGCCAAUACGACCACGCGCGAGACGUCGUGAAGCAAGGGGAGCAAAUGCAAUCCCUCACCAGCCUCAAAAACCCCUUUGCGGGCUUGCGAAUUCGUUAUUUCAUCCCCCUGUUUGACGACGUCCUCUUCCUUAACUCGUUCCCGGAGACUUCGCUGGCGGGUAUACAAAUCGACAAGAUCGACCUCGCCAACGUUGUUCAGUUCAACGAUGAGAAGGUUAGUUGGGCGGAAGGCUGUUCUUGGGUGUUUUGGGGCGCCGUCGCGCUUGUUUUCAGUGCUUCUUAUAAUACUGCUAGUGCAUCACGUCUCUGCAAGCGGCACGCGGCCGCGAGGGUUUAG